AACAGGUACUAGUACUUCUGCUUUGCAAAAAUGGUAGAGAAACUAGAAAAUCAUUCUAAUUGUAUGAAGCUCUACCAUGUUAUUACUUUCAUUUUUAAUUUGUUAUUUUGUUAUAUUGAAAUCUUCAUUGUUAUUCAGACAUCCCUUACUUUUUCUUCUGUGAGUGGAGUGGUGUACUUUCAACCUCUGACUACUUUUCUUUUGUGUCAUAAAUUUAAUUUUAUUCUCUCCCUCAGUUUUUGAAAACUGUAUUAUACUUUAGGAAGUUGAUUACAGUAUUGUAAAUACAUUUCUGAGUACUUUUAAUUAAGUGAUGAUACCUAGCACUUUCCCAUCAUGGUUAAGUCCCUGGAGAUGACAAAACAGAAUCCUUUUGGGAAGUGGUUCUGUUUUCAACAUCUCAUCACUGGAGCAAGCAGAAUUCUGUUACAGACUUUGAACCGUUAGGGUGCUAUCAGUUGAUGAUUUUGUCAACAUAGUGGACUUAUUUUAAAAUCCAGGUUUUCUCACUAAAGACUUCUUAAAAUUUUUCCAAAAGCCUAAUGACAAACAAAAGAGAAAAAGACAUUUGAGAUAACCAAUUCGGCAUCUGCCAUGAAGCCCUCUGCAGACCUGCUUGAGAUCAUCACUUGUACCAUCCUAAUCUUUGUGAGCAUCGUUGGAAACACUUGUCUGUUUUAUUCUACAAGAAGAUGUAUCACUGGGCAUUUACAGACAUCCUUUCUUCUAGUUUUCAAUCUUAUAUUUGUCCACCUUAUUAAAAACUUGGUGGUGAAUGUAAUGAAAAUUGUUUACUCUUCCGGUAUAAUGUUGGAUUCAGCUGGCUGCAAAGUUCUGCUCUUCACGUCGGCCCUAACAACUUCACUGACCAUCUGGUUCAUGUUAUAUUUUUCAUUGCUUUACCACUGGAAGCUUUACCAAAUUGCCCACCCCCUGAGUGAGAAUCCAAGCCUGGACCAACAGAAGCAUUCCUUGAAGGUGGUUUCUGUACUUUGGGUGACUGGUGUGGUGGUAUACAUCCCAGUUUUAAUUCAUACUAGAAAACCAGACUUCUUGAAUGCGGGUAAUGAUACAGAUCCUUUGUCUACUAACAGGAUGUACAUGGAUUGCCCCGUUGUCUUUCAAAAUAAGCAGGUAGAGUUUUUCUAUGGGAAAAUUGUUUUGGUUCUGAUUGAUAUUCUUCCUUUAGCUAUUUUAGUCUUUGUCUGUUUCUGGAUGUCUUUCCUCCUUUCGGAGAGAAAGAAGAUGACAUAUGGUGACAUCUGGAUUGGAGAUGAUGAUUCAGAAAUUGAAAUCCUUAGAGGGGCCAAGUUCAGUAUUUUAUUAAUGUUGUUGAUCACUCCACUUUGGAUUUCUCACUUUAUCUUAGUCUAUUUCUUGAAAGACUUGGCAGCAUUCAUCUUUAUUCCAGCUGUUCUCACAGCUCUCUCUUCAAGCUUCUCUGCUAUCAGUCCUUUCUUGCUUAUGUUGGUUAAUUACAAAAUGAAGUUGGUGUGCUUCUGUGGUGCCAAGGAGGAAAAACCUACACCAUAGCCUACAAAUGUUAUUCUUUCUCCAUAUGCUUAAUGGCAAAGAAUUCAAGUUUAAUUGUUGGAAAACAGACCCUGUCAUUGGAGAGUACAGCUAAAGUUUUCAUAGCUCUCAUCAACAGUUCCUCAAACGACCUCUAGAAAAUUGACUCUUCUUCAAAAAUAGACUUCAGAGAAAACUGUGCAAGAAAAUAUGUGAACAUUAAGCUAUUAUAAGUUGAAAAAAACAGUCAUCAUAAUAGUUAUUUAAGACAAUACCAAGAGUUCUAAUGUAAAAAUUCUAAAGUAACUCAACAGUUUUUGGUCUGAAAAUGAACUCAUGUAAAUGAUAUAUUAUUUACUCUGUGCAAGAUAUUGUGUUAAAAAAAAAACAACAUAUUGAUGAAACUGAAGAUAAUAAUUCCUGGCUGAAUUUUAAAGGUACACAUAAAUAAUCUUGUUUUCCUUGAAAUGCUUUCACACAUAUUAGAAGUGUAUUAGGUAGGUGCACAUUGUUCAGUUUUUGCACUUUUAAUAAUAGUACCUCAUCUAUGACAGAAGCAGAUUUUGUUCAUUGUCUUUACCCUAAAUGUCUUUAGUAAAUUAGGACUAGAUGAACGCAUUGGAUUAAGGAAUUAGUACUUCCUAAGUCAUACUCUUUAAGCAAAUGUAUGUAUAGAUGUGUAAAUAUUUGGUUGUUCAGACAUUUAACGCACUAUCCUUGCUUAAUCGUCUAAAUAUAUGUUAACCUAUACUGUUUUCUUCAGAAAAAAAGGAUAUUUAUUUUAUAGGAAAUUUGUCUCUUUUUGAUUAUCAAAUUGGUACAUUUACAGACUGGAAGAAUUUAUAAAACCUUCAUAAUUAUUUGAUCUCUGGAUUUUGAUUCAAUAAAAA